CCGAAAUUGCAAGGAUGGAGUUUUUGGAGUUUAUCAAGGGUUGGAGGUGGUAAAACCGUAAAAGCCAAAAUUAAGUCUGUCAAAUCAAAAGAUGAGGGUGAAUCUCUUAAGUUUACUCAUAAGAAUCUGAUUGACAAGAUAUGUACUGAUUCUGCAGAUGCCAAGAUUCCUGCUGUUCUUGAAUAUCUUGGAACUUUCAUUGAGGCAGGUUUUAAGUUUCUUAUAUUUGCGCACCAUCAGCCAAUGAUAGAUGCGAUACAUGAGUGCCUUCUUGGGAAAAAAGUGGGUUGCAUCCGGAUUGAUGGAGGUAGACCUGCUGCAUCAAGGCAACAAUUGGUUACAGAUUUCCGGGAAGAGGACUCUAUCAAGGUAGCUGUGCCAUCCAUUAAUGCUGGAGGAGUUGGAUUAACUUUAACUGCUGCAAGAGUUAUAUUUGCAGAACUAUCUUGGACUCCUGGUUACCUAUUUCAGGCCGAAGAUCGUGCUCAUAGAAUUGGCAAGGUCUCUCCGGUAAAUAUAUAUUACUUGCUGGCAAAUGAUACGGUUGAUGACAUCAUAUGGGAUGUGGUGCAAUUCAAACUGGAUAAUUUGGGGCUGGUACAUCUCUACAUCGUCUUGGAACUAUCAUAUGUAACAUAUGAUGUUAGAUGGCCAUGAGAACACUUUAGCUGUGUCAAAUAAUCAGCCAUUGAGUAGCCCUGCAAAGCAUACUACUAUUGAGCAUAGCCCUUUAAGGCAGAGAACUCUUGACCAGUUUGUCAGAAGAUGUGAUAACGUGGAUAGGUCGGAGCAUCAGCCUGACCCGAAACGGCCCUGUUAGUCAUGACUUGUGAGAUACGCAAGAUGGAUUUCCAUUUUCUCAGAUACGUGGCCAGUGGCAAGUGAAUCGGAACUUAAAUGUUAAUUUUUACAUGCUGAAGUUUCCCUGUAGUAUUAACCACGUGUGCUUACAUGGGGAAUUCACCUAUGAUGACACAAAUGCCUUUUGAAGCUGAAAUCCAUUGUACAACAAAUAAUAGAUUUUGAGUAGAACUGACUACACUAAAUUAUGUUGCUUGUGUUGGAGAUAAUGGUUUGGUUAUGUGAAAAUAUGUAUUGGAAGAAAAUGUAGAUCAAGUCACCCAUUAGAUUUUAGGUUUUCACUUGUUCUUAACUUUUUGCUCCCUUAUGUUUUGUUUUAGUGUGGGGCACUUUUCAGAGUAGUACAUCAUCAUAUAUGAAUUAGACUUGUAAAUUCCUUUACUCCAUAUGCUGGUAUCAUUUUAUUUUGUAGAAAUAAUCAUCUUUGAAUGAAUACACUCGUAGAAUCAAUCCCUCAAUAGCACCUGAGUUAAA